UGUUAACGCCCAUCAAUUACCUCGGACCGUCCUUCGAUCGAUAUGUCUUUGCUCAAGGAUCUUACCACUGGUAUGGCAAAAGGUGUGGUCGGCACUGCUAAGACCACGACUGAUGUUGUUGACGACAGCUUGGGCAAGGUGCAAGACAGUCUAGAUGGAAAGACCACUACGCAGACCAGCACCGCCCCGGAGUCGACCCCGGCCGUGAGGGACAAAGUGGAUCUGGACGACAGCACUGCUCAGAUUUUACAUGUGUACUCCUAUAAUGGCGAGACCAAGGUCAUCAAGGAGAAGACUGUCAUUCCUUUCACCAACGUCGACAAGAAAGGCCUCAAGCUGUCAGAUAUUCGCAACCUGCUGGUCAGCGAAAAGUCCUUGGAGCCUCGGCUCCUUUGGAGCCCGUUCAUCAAUCAGCGUGGUGCCAAAGUCAGUGACGAGACCACCUUCAAAACGUACCUUCGGAUCUUAAAUGAGAAGGAUUCCAUCGAGGAUAACAGCGAUACCUACCGUGUCUACCUGAAGUCCAAGCGGAUUCUCGAAACGGGUAUUCAAAAUGGCCUCCUGGAUCGAGGUACCAUAGUGGAGCUCGAUAAGAAACUGCCGCAGCUGCCAGUAGCGGCACAGCCCAAGACACCCGAGGUGCCGACGAGUUUCAGCCACAACAUCUUCCUGAACCCUACCACCACCUUCAGCAUCGUCCACCCUUCGGAUAUGAAUGAAAAGCAAUGGUCGGCCACCUUGCGAUCGAAUUCUUUGCUGCACGCCUAUCGAGUUGUCGACGAGGGAGGGGACAAAUACGUCGAACGCUCAUUGUAUCCGACCUUCGUCUUGAAGCCCCGCAGCUUCUGGAACUAUCAGAUCAGUGCCACAGCCGAGAUCGACUCCAUCGCCGAACAGAAGCAAUUGCUGCGAAUUCCGCGAUUUCGCAUUGCCGACGACAGUUACAUCUCUCAGUAUGAGGCGAAGAAGUCGGUCGCUCGAGCGAUCGCGCAGAACUCGCUAUCUGAGACCUCAGCUGAGAUGGCCAUUUCCGGAGGGGCCUUUGGCUACAGUGCCAGUGCCUCGGCGAGCUGGGGUCAGACUAAGUCGUCAUCGUCCACCUCCAGCACGAAGCAGGAUAGUCGGGUAAUGACCAUCACUUAUAACUUUCCCCGAGUCGUCAUCGACUUCGAGCCUGCCGGUCUCGACCUGAGCGAAGAAGCGAAGGCGGAUCUGCAGGCGGUUGACAGCGCCGAGGCCGUCGAUAUCUUCAAGGCAAAAUAUGGUCGCUUCUUCGCCACUCGCGUCCAACUCGGCGGUCGGCUGCACGCGAGCGAGGAAAGCACCAGCACCGACGCGGCUUCUACCGCCGCGCAGGCAAAGUCCAUGCGGGCGGCCGCUGCGCUCUCCUUCUCCUCGCCCUGGGUGCAGGCCUCGGCCAGUGUCAGCCACAGCAAUGCGUCCAGCUCCAGCUCGGAAAGUAAGGACAGUUCCUCGAUCAGCACCAUCUCUUGGGAGGCGCAGGGUGGAGAUACCCUGCAGAGCAACAACCCCCCGGCAUGGGCCUACACCGUCGGCUCUUAUUACAACUGGCGUCCCAUCAAGCAAAACAAAAUUGUGGCCCUCGAGGACCUCAUUUCCAAGUUGCCGGGAUACCAGAACACGAAGGAGCGAUUUGCCGCCCUUCUCGCGGCGCGCGACAACGCCGCGCAAGGCGACACGUCCACGCCGUCGGUCUCCAGCGACAAAACAAUCAGCUUUACCCUCGUCGACCGUGAGGGGAAGGUGCUCUCCUUGCCUGCGGCGCCUACGGAAGGCAAUAGUUAUGACCAGAACCUCAAGACCUUACAAACCCUCAUCAAUGACAACAAGGCGGGCGAUGUGCUCACGGCGGAACGCCUGAAGUUCUUGGGAGACCUCUCCUCACAGCUGAACCAGAGCGUGCCCUUGCAGUUCGACAAAGAGGGCACCGUGGGCGCGGCCCAGGUAUUCACCAUUACCACCAAUGACCUCGGAAGCACGGGGAAGCUCCGCUUCAACACCCCGUAUCGAAUCCGUGUCGAACCAGACACUGACGACAACACCGCCCUAUACUCGGUCGGCGUCAAUCCCACCCUUUCAGGCUACGUAAGCGAAGCUCUGCUUUGGGGGGGGGCCAGGCAGCCUGCCACCCUGGUCGAGUUCUGCGCCCCGACCAUGAUGGAUUAUGAUACCCGCGAAAUCAUGGAGGGGGACACUUUUAUGCUUUUGCUGUAUGGCAAAGAGAAGAACGCGCUUGGGUUGGCCUCGCGGUAUCGGCCACUGGAAUAUCUGGAUGACGAGGAUGAGGAUGACAACAAUGAUAGCAAGAGCGUUGCCUACAAGCUGGGCACCGACGUCGAUCGCGGAGGCUCCUCGCCGAUCGAUUCUCAUUUCUAUCUCAAGUACGUCUGA